CAUGUUCUCCUCUCAUUAUCAUCUUCCCUCCUCUAUAUUUUUCCCUCUUAAGCGAAAAAAGAAAGGGAGUGAAACACAGUGAACACAGCAGCAAGGCAAAUGUUUUCUUUUCUCUUUGUGCUGGAAAUUGGCCUCUUUUUCUCCCCUUUUUUCUUUUUUGUUUGUCUCUCCUCUGGGUGGAGGGGAGGCGGCGGCGGAGGCAGGGCCGGCUUUUGUGGAGUUUAGCGCCGGGAUCACAGCUUUGUCGCUGUGUUUGUGUCGCACACACACGCGGCACACGUGCGGCCAACCAGGCUGCCUCUGUACGCGGCACAAGAGAGAUCUACAGUGUGUUUAGCCUAUGGGCAGCAGCCUAUAGGCGAUAUCUCCAUCUGGACUGUUAACUGCUGGAUCAGGACCCUCUUCCUCCUCCUCCUCCUCCUCCUACUCCUCCUCCUCCAGUGCCUCAGUGAUGUCCAGUGUUUUUGGAUCAAACUACAGUUCCAGUUGACUGUACCAGUUGUUUGUUUGCUGAUGACUGUCGGACCGGUUCGUGUGGAGGGAGUGAGUGAUUGUUUGGAUACGGAUUGAGUAACAAAAACAAGGAAGGAAGAAAAGAAAGCAAAAGAGAAAAGGAGGUGACGGAGCUGGAGUGUGCUCAGAUAGAGAGAGUCAGAGUUUGGGAUAGAGAUGAGAGAGAGAGAGAGAGAGAGAGAGAGAUGAAGGGAUUUGUGUGGCACUAGAGAUAUAGGGAGAAGAAAAGAGAGAGGAGAGAGAGAGAGAGAGAGAGAGAGAGAGGGCAGUGGGAGGGAGGAGAGAGAGAGAGAGGAUCCAGCCCUCUGGGACAGCAGUGUGUGUUUUGGGGGUGGACAGAGUGGCUUUGUAUGCAGAACAUCACUGGACACCAACGGGAGGGACGCUGUCAGUUGUUCUCUGUGUGUGUGUGUCUGUAGUGAAACCAGACCUACCUCUGAUCCCUGCGCCACACACACACACACACACACACUCCUCCAUCUGCUGCCCGGGAGCCUGCCUUCUGCCUCCCUCUGGACUGAACCCCUCUGAGAGUGUUUGAAUGUGUGCGAGAGAGUCUCGCAGAGCUGAUUCCCGGAGGUCAGGAGCGAUAGGCUGUGAUGUGGAACUUGUGGGAUUAAACUUUUCUGGAGGCUCGGCAGUGACAGCGAUGAAUUGGAGCCGAGAGACGGGAACUUCAGACUCUUGAAUGACUGGAGGAGGAUUUGCAAGCCCCACUAAAAACCACCCGUCUUCUCUUUUCCCUGAUUCUAUCUUCUGUACUUCUGCGCCUGGACCUUGUCCACGACCUCGUGUUGAGUGUGUGAGCGGCCCAUGUGGGCGGUGAGGGAUGUGGAUCUGAGCAAACUGCACGCCCCGAUGCCCGCUGCUAUGCUCCCGUGCUCUGCACCGGCCGGGUCUGACUGGAGCUUCCAGAACCCGGUGGGGGUGGACUGCAGCUCCCCCGAACCCCGCUGCAUCUGGCUGGCGGUGCUCCGCGGUGCCACGGGUUCAGUGUCGCCCCCCACGCCGCCCACCAUGCCCAUUGGGCACAGUCACCAGCCCAGGGCUAAGGGGCGGAGGGAUGGUCUCUCCUCAGCCGGUGACAACCCUCGGCCGCCGAUGGCGACCCGGCCGGGAAGGGAGGGGGUCGGCGUGGGCUGGAAGGGUCCCCGGACGCUGGUUCUCCAUAAGAACUCCCAGGGUUUCGGUUUCACACUGCGGCACUUCAUUGUUUACCCUCCAGAGUCGGCCCUGCACACCAACCUCAAGGAUGAGGAGAACGGCAACGGAAAGGGGUAUCAGAAAGGUCGAAUGGAGCCGAUGGACACCAUAUUUGUGAAGAGUGUGAGAGAAAAGGGUCCGGCCCACCAGGCGGGCCUGUGCACAGGGGAUCGGCUGGUUAAAGUGAACGGAGAGAGUGUCCUCGGAAAGACGUACUCGCAGGUCAUAGCCCUCAUUCAGAACAGUGAGAGUGUGUUGGAGCUCUCCAUUAUGCCAAAAGAUGAAGAUGUGCUUCAGUUGGUAAGUGCAUACUCCCAGGAUGCCUACCUGACAGGCAACGAACCCUACUCAGGGGGAGCUGAGAACCUCCCACCGCCGCCUCCCCUCUGUUACCCACGCUCCAAGAACACGCCCCCUGCUGGAGCCCCUCCACCAGCCCCCAUGGGCCAGAACCAGCUGGAUAACUGGAGUCGCUGGCCAGGUUCCUCCAGCCCCUCUUCACCCCUGGACAACCGCUCCGCUGUGGGCAGCCCAGCCAGCUGGCAGGAAGGGCGGGCAGGAGAGCCAGGCGGUGUGGGUCACAGCAGCCCGGCCCACCGCACAGAGGAGAUCCAGUACGGUAUGACCAGCCAGCAACCUCAGGGACAGACCAGGGGGCGCUCCUACUCUUCGUCUUCCUCAUCGGGAGGCCCCUUGUCCAGCCCGCUGCAAGUCCACUACCCAAACCACCACGCUUCCAGUUCCUCCCAGGCUAAGCCGCGCAAGUCUAGCUCAGCCUGGACCAGUCCCCCCCUGCCCCAGCUCAGCCACGGCCGCAAUGAGCGCUGCCAGCAGGCCCUUUCUGACUGGUACUUCAACCAGAACCCUGAGCGCUCAGGACGCAGCAUGCAGACCCGCCACCGCAGCUACUCUCAGGACCGGCUCAGUGAAAACAGGAGGCAGCAGCAGCGGACAGGUGGCUGGCCGCACAGCGCCUCCCAGGACACUCUGCUGUUACUACAGCAGUCAGGACCAGGACCCCAUGGAGAGCCUUACUGGUCCUAUGGAGACUGGGAGGGGGGCCCAGGUAGGGGGCAACCAGUCUCUAACUAUACCCGAACACGCUCUGAAAACCUGCUGGCCCAGUACGAUCGCCACGGCCGCUCAUUAGAGAUGCUGGACCGAGCGGCAGCUGGACUGGUCUCGCCUCGUUUUGAGAGGCCUUCGUGGAUCCAGCAGGCUCCGCAGCCACCCCCCAGGACUGACGCCUACCCGAGGCAGGGGAGUCAUUACGGUGCAACACAAGCUCCUCCGAUGUCUCGACCGUCACAUUCUAAACACCACCCCCAGACUCACACCCAGGCCCAGUCCCAGUCUCCGCCCCAGCAGGCCGCCCCCCAGAGCAGGCGGCUUCCCACCGGGCAGAGCAUGGACGACCAGCCGGUGGGCUACCGCAGCUACAGCCCCUCUUUUUACCGCAAGACUGGCCGCAUCAUGCAGCAAGCCCACUCUUUCAGGGACCCUUCGUACUCUGGCCCCCACUUGAACUGGAACCCAACACCCAAAAGCCCCCCAGAGGGCACAACAGCACCCGUCGCUGCCUCUACCGCGCCCCCACUUGCCUCCGCCUCUCCCGAAUCCCAGGACAGAGCGUACAGGCCGACAAACCACGAGAGGGAACGAGGGUCAGUGGAGGGGCAGGCGGAGGUGGCACAGACCCAGGAAGUGGUGCUGAGGCAGAAACCUCCCACCGGGCGGAGGAACGCCUACGGUAUGCGUCACCCCCACUACGCGCUGCCCAUGGACGGGCUAGAACCCUCUUUGUUUUCUCCUGAUCCCCAAGACUCAGCUCCUGCCCCUGGUUCCACAGGAGAAGUAGCCCCACGCAGACCUAACGGCAACCUCGCCCCCCUUCCCAUAGAGGAUGACUCCCUGGCCUCCAUCCCCUUCAUAGAUGAGCCGACCAGCCCCGGCGCUGAUUUGCGCGCCCGCCACGUGCCGGCGUCCUCCGUGGUGUCCAGCGGCAUGAGUUCGGCGCCCGCCGUGGUCACCAGCCCCGCCUCCCCCACCUUCACCUUCCCCCUCACUAGGCUCUUCUCACACGACUGCAGCAGUAUUAAAUCCAGUCGCCGUUCCUCCUAUCUUCUAGCCAUCACCACCGAGCGCUCCAAGUCAUGUGACGAAGGACUCAACACGUUCAGAGAGGAAGGGCGAGUAUUCUCGAGGCUACCAAAGAGAGUGAAGAGUUUCUUCACAGACGGGUCUCUGGACAACCUUGGGACUGCAGAGGAGGUUCGAUCCAAACGCCACUCCACCUCAGAGCUGGGAAACAUCACUUACAGCGACGUACGGCGAGAAGGAUGGCUGCACUACAAACAAAUCCUCACGGAGAAGGGCAAGAAGGUGGGUAGCGGCAUGCGUCCGUGGAAGAGAGUCUUUUCGGUGCUUCGCUCCCAUUCGCUGUUCCUCUACAAGGACAAGAGGGAGGCGGUGCUUCGCGGGGCCACGAUUGGAGGCGCGGCCGAGGACGAACAGCCGAUCAGCAUCCGAGGCUGCCUGGUGGACAUCGCGUACAGUGAGACCAAACGAAAGCACGCUCUGCGGCUCACCACCCAGGACUUCUGCGAGUACCUGCUGCAGGCGGAGGACCGGGAGGACAUGCUGGACUGGAUCAAGGUCAUCAGGGAGAACAGCAAGAGUGACAGCGAGGAGCUCGGCUUUUCCAGACAGGCGCUCAUCAAUAAGAAACUGAAUGAUUACAGAAAACAGAGUCCGACAGGCAGCAAACCCGACUCCUCUCCCAGGAUGUCCCGCAUGAAGCCUCCCUUCAUGCUCGCCAAGACGGAAAAUGCUGCCGGGGCGCCGCGCUCGCCCAAACCAGAGGGCAAAGAUGAGAGCGGCCCUCCGAAGUCUCCCUGGGGAAUCAACAUCAUGAAGAAGACAAAGAAGGCCGGGCCCAAAGCCUUCGGCGUGCGGUUGGAGGAUUGUCAGCCGGGCGUGAACAACAAGUUCAUCCCGCUGAUCGUGGAGAUCUGCUGCGGUCUGGUGGAGGACAUGGGUCUGGAGUACACCGGGAUCUACAGAGUGCCCGGGAACAACGCCAUGGUGUCGAUGCUCCAGGAUCAACUCAACAAAGGCGUCGACAUCAACCCUGCAGAGGAGAAGUGGCAGGACCUCAACGUCGUGAGCAGUUUACUCAAAUCUUUCUUCAGGAAACUUCCAGAGCCGCUCUUCACCAAUGACAAGUACAACGACUUCAUCGACGCCAAUCGGAUGGAAAAUGCGUCAGAAAGACUGAAGACCAUGAAGAAACUGAUCCGAGACCUUCCCGAUCAUUAUUACCACACUCUGAAGUUCCUGGUCGGUCACCUGAAGACUGUAGCCGACAGCUCAGACAAAAACAAGAUGGAGCCUCACCUGGCUCUGGUGUUCGGGCCGACGCUGGUCCGGACGUCUGAGGACACAAAAAUGAUACGGUCACAACAAUGCCCGGACCGCUACAGAAUAGUCGAGGGCCUCUGGUUUUUCGCUGAUGAGCAGGACAAGGAUGAAAAGACGCCGGUGGACACGGAGGACGUGCAGCCCGCCCCCAACAUCGACCACCUGCUGUCCAACAUCGGCAGGACCGCUCUGCUCGGGGAGGCCUCAGACUCAACCAACAGUGACUCAGCUAAAUCAAAGGGGUCGUGGGGGUCAAAGAAAGACCUCACGCCCAAGGACUUCCUGACUCUGUCCAUCAUGUCAGCCGUCACGGGUCGCAAACGCAGGAAGCGCCAUAACGGCCGCCGUGUGGGCAGCAGCACCGACGACGACUCGGAGCACGAGCCAAUCAAAGCCGGACAUCUAGGGGCGGAGGAGGAAGAGGAGGCAGAGUCGCCGGUAGGAGACACUGCCCCUCGAGCAGAGGGAGAGGAGGACGACGAUGAGGAAGAAGAAGAGGAAGAAGAGGAAGUUGCAGAAAGCGGAGCGAAAGAGGAGGUAGAAGAGGAGGCGGUGGCGGUCAUUCCCAGUCGGCCGUGCUGUAAAGAGGAAGAGGAGGCAGGAGGAAGGCAGGCAGCCGUGUUGUUGCAGGAGGAGGAGGCGCAGGCGGAGGUGAAGGGGCCGCGGUGGAGAGCUCCAGAGGAUGCUCGCUCCAUUGUUUCCGGUUACUCGACCCUCUCCACGUUAGGACGGAGCCUGGGGUCAGAGGGGAGGGGGGACGACGCCGACGACGAGCACAGCGAGCUGGUGAGCGAGACGGACAACGAGAGCGGCUUCGCCUCGCGCUCCCUCACCCAGGAGAGACCCGAUAAACACCCGAAAACACCAGCGAGCACACAGCCGCCAGCAGCCCCGCGCAGCUUCCUCUACACGCACUACAAGCCCCCCGUUCUCUCCCCCACGAACCUUCUCGCCCCACCAACAGCCCUCACAAACACGCCGGACUCUGCGGACAGGAGUGAAGGAGGAGCGCGCUCCACCACGCCCUCGUCCUCCUCCUUCUCCUCCUCCUCCACCACUCAUAAACUGCAUUCGCGGCCUUCCUUCAACUCCCACAAGUUGAUCCAGUGUGACACUCUGGCCAGGAAGAAGCUGAAGUCGGAGAAGGCCAAGGCUCGCUCCCUGGACCUGUUGGAGCUGUCCGGGGCCGCGGCUCAGGGCGAUGGGGCUAGUUCUGGGCCGGACAGCGCACCCAGAGCGAGGAGGGACACCUCCAGAACCAACCCCUCCUCAGGCAGCAGCCAGGAGAGCCUGCGCCCGGCCCGGCCCAAGCCCGCCCUGCCGCCCAGCGAGGCCGCCUCCUUCACCCCGACCGGCCCAGGGGGCAGGUCUCUGGCGGAGCACGUCCGCGCUCGCCUGCUGGGCUCGGCCGACGACCUGCGCAGCGUGGGGCUGCGGAAACCGCUGUCGCCCGAGACGAGGAGGAAGAGGCGGGCCUGGCGCAGGCACACCGUGGUGGCCUCCCCGACCGAGACGUCCGACAAGAGACCCCCAAUGACUGUCAAUGACUUCGCCCUGUCUCCCAUCACUCAAAACCAGGUCAAAACACCAGGGCUGCCUCGGGAUGCAGACGGAUUCGAGCAAGGACCGGCUACGCGUCAAGCACCCACCUCCAGAUUCCACCAGUACCUGUGAGCCCUGUCAGCUGACCUCCACCCUUCACCCCGAGGAAAAGAGGCUGAUUCUGAAGGCGGGUUGGGGGAAGGGGGUCCAGGCUGAGCUGCUGACUCCCUGCAGGUCAGUAGACCGGCAGCAGCGUGAAAAACAGGGUCGUGGUUAGUUGCCAGGUGCAACACAGUGUACCAAUGAACUUUAAAGAGCAGCCCAAUCCCCUUUUUUCUUUUUUUCGAUAAGCUCCAUUUGCAUGGCAGGGGGCAUUCCAGUGUUGCCAAAGCUUUUGUUGUUGUUUUAUUUUUCUCUUCCUGUAUGUGUGCUUUUAUAGAAAUAAUACAGAGACACAAACAGACCUCAUCACAAUCAACGUUACAGCCAAGAAUUCUCAUUCGAGUAAUAAAGUAAUACUCGAAUAAGACGUUAAUUAGACGGGUUGAAUCCCUACAAGUGAAACCGGGGGGGGGGAAAGGAUCUCCCUCUGGUUCCUGAGAGACUGGUGCUUCUAAUCAAAGUGGGGUUUAACUAACAGAAGAGACGCUUAUAAUUACACAAAGUUAAUGGUCAGCUUCAAUUUCAAGAGGGAUCCCAACUGUUUUUAUAUCAGUCUUCCUAAUCUGUCGCUCCUCAGACCACAGACACUGUAAUACUCUCAUUUAUACUCCAAACAACGGAUUCAGCCGGUCACAAACACAUUCAAUAAAACAGUCGUCUCUCUCUGUACUUGUCAAUAAUGUUUAUGUGUAUUUGCGCAACAAUAUUUGUGAUCAUGUCUGAGCGUGCAGGUGUUUGUGUUGAACAAUUUUUGUAACAUUUGUACAAAGCCUUUGUUAAGUUAACCUUGUAAAUAUAAAUAUUAUGUUAUCAUAUUUUGUUUUUACUUUUUUUUUAGUUCCUUUUUUUAUGGUUUACAAAAUUGUGCAUACAAAAAAAGUGCACGGUCAUUUCUUUCAAGAUGUUACUUGAAAAUGUUUCCCUUAAUAUAUUCAUAUUUUUUUUUUGUUUUAUAUUCAAUAUAUAUAUAUUAUAUAUAUUUUGUAUUAAAGUAAAAAAAAAAAGUACUUUUAUUGUGAUUUUCACCUCUUUUGGUGUACCUGUUCAAAAAGGAGAAGAGAUAAACACGACUAAACCUGUUCCUUAUUCUCUCAUAGAUGGCCUUUUUCUCUCUGAUUCUCAGCACUGUGCAGAAAACCUUUAUCUCCUCGAGGUCUUACGAAUACGUUUCUCUGGUGACAAUACAAUUAUAUCGGAGGGGAAAGCUCAGCCCUGACCUCGUUUGUUUUGUUAUUAUUAUUAUUGCCUCUGAUUACUGAGCGUUGCCCCCCCCCCCUUACAGAUCAGAUCACAACACAAAGUGCCCCCCCCUUUAUAAAAAGAGAAGGAUGAGAAGUGUUUCGCAGACUUGUUAGGAUGCAAACAGCUACAUGUUCCCAGUAUGUGGUGUGUUUUCAUCACAUCCCCUCUGAGGGUUCAUCUGUCUACACAUUUAAUCACCUUAAGGGAGGAGGGGGGGGGGGGCUCUAACAUGACGAAGAGUUUUCCAUAAGGUCAGGCUCUAAUAAAUCCUCCCUGACUGCUGGGAGGAAUGGUACAUUAAAGGAAACGAUGGCCUGUAUCACAAAAUAACAAAAAAGAAAAAAAAGGAGGUGUCACAUUUUCCUGACCAAAUAACCCAGUGAACAAAUAAUAAUAAUAAAUAAGUUAUAAUCUUGUCUUACCUCAAGAGUUUCGUUUCUACAAGUGCCUGAUUUUCUGGAAUGUGUUUCUGUUCUGCGGUGCCAUGUCAGUUCUUACCUCUCCUCCUCCUCCGCUGUGAAACCAAGGCGCUGACCCAAACCUGUGUACAUUUAAAACACAGGCGGCCUAACAGAGAGCACACGUUCAAAGCCAAGGACACGUCUGUGCACUCUUUGCCUUCAGCACAGGCGUCAACAGCGGAGGGAAGAGGCGCAGAACCCUAAACACUUACAUUAGGUCGAAACAGACACUUUCCCCCCGAAAGCAGCCAGCGACUCUCCUCACUGGCACCUGUUGUCUCCACGUGUGAUCUCACCCGAUGUCUCACUGUUGUAUUUUAAAAACUUUUGUACAUACUCUCUUUAACAUGUAACAUAUUGUAUUGUGUACAUUUUGGAAUUUGCUUUUUUUUUUUGAGUAUAACUAAUAUGAAAAAAAUGACUGGACUUAAGAAAAUAAAAGGUUGUCCACCUGAAACAGUCCCCCCCCCCUCCCCCUCCUGGCUGUGUGCUUUAAAGCAAAAGGUUAUAUGAUGUAAAUAAACAGAAACUAUGUUUAAAAAACAACAACAAAUGUGUUUGUU